AACACAAUCAACAAACACUAGAAUUUGUGAAGAGCUUCCGCGUUCCAAAGAAUUAACCUCAAAUAAUCUGCUGAAUAACGAGGGAAAACUGUGACAACUGCGGAAGGAUGACACUCACACUAUCGUCCCAAUAAAUACGUCCUUUUCAUAAAGGGGCUUGGGACAAAACUUGUAUUUUGAGGACAUUUUGUGGACGGGAUGGCUGACAAACAGAGCCACAAAGACACGAUCGUGAUUUGGCAUGAAGCCGUGCAGCUUUUCGACCGUGGAGAGCGCCGUACGGCCCUGGCCAACUUGCAGACGAUACAGGAACCGUCGGCGAAGAUUCUCUAUAACAUUGGACAUAUUCAACAGGUUUCUGAUAACAAUCGCAAUGCUGUUCAGAGUUUCAAGAGGUGUGUUGAAAAAGAUCCCCACAUGGGCAUUGGUCAUUUCCAGUUGGCUCAGACUCACUAUCGGCAGAAGAAUUACAAGGAUGCCUUUAACAGUCUAGAGAAAGCACGAAGCUGUCUACGAGGAAAUAAAUUCAUAGACUACAAGCAGUUAGGGUUAGCAUAUAAGCUAUACGAAUGUGAGAUUCUGCAUAAUCUAGCGUUAACCUUUGCAGCGUUGAGUGAUACCCAUGGGGCCAUGGAGAUGAUGAGAGAAGCUGUGAGGUAUAAGUCCGAUGCCAGACAUAACUCCAUUGAUUCUGCACAACAAGCUCUACAGAAAGGGCAAAUUCCAAAGCCGUUCUUGAUACCAGAGCAUCAUAUUUUCCGGCCUCCUGCUGCUAAGGUCCAGAAUGUCCAAGGAGUGGAUUACUUGGGCCAGGCUAAGGUUCUCUCUGAACUCGUUGUACCUGACUCUGAAGCAAAGAAAGGAAGGAGUCCCAGUCCCCUCCCACCGAAAAGACCACCACCCAUGGCCGCACCCUCAAACGCCUUUCAACCCAUAGACACCCAACCGAUACGUAGUCACUCCCCCAACCCCAAAUCCCCACCCUCUCGCCCCCCACCCGGACCCCCACCAUCUGGUCCUCCAUCUGGUCCCCCACCUGGACCCCCACCAUCCGGUCCCCCAUCUGGCCCCCCACCGGGCCCACCACCCUCUGCACCACCCUCAGUAAACCGUAGCAGCCCCUCUAUACCGAUGCACCCACCCCCUACUCUUCCUGGUGGUACCUCCCCAUCACCCAGCCCAACAAGCCCAACUUAUGCUAAACCUACCCAUAAGGACACCAUCAACAUAUGGCAUGAAGGGGUGCUCAUGUUUGAGAAGGGGCAGGUCGGGCCGGCGCUGGACCAGAUGUUGAGGAUCGUGGAGCCGUCUGCUAAGAUCUUAUUCAACAUCGGCGUGCUUCAUCUGAAGAUGGGGAAUGUUGCAGAUGCGGAUGAGGUUUUCCAGAUGGUGGUCGUUAAGGACCCGCAUCUAGCCAUUGGUCACUUCCAGCAUGGUAACAUUCAAUGCCAGCUCAACAGACCAGACCAGGCCAGGAGGCAGUAUGAAAAAUGUAUGACCAGCUUCCGCGGUCAUAAAUUCAUCGACUACAAGCAACUUGGGUUGGCGUACAAGUUGUAUGAAUUUGAGGUACUUCAUAACCAGGCCUGGGCUUACAACAAACUCCGCCAGAGGGAAACAUGCCUGCAGCUACUCAAGGAGGCACAGGGAACCAGACCUGAAACUAAACAUGACGGUGUGGAUAACGCACUCAAGAAUGCACAGGCUGGCGCCCCCUUUGACAUCAUGAAGCUACCCAAAGGAGCGUUGUUCCGUCCCCCAAAGGCCAAGAUCGAUAACGUGAAGAAGAUCGAUUACCUCGGGCAGGCCACAGUGAUAUCUGAGCUCGCCGGCAAUGAACGAAGAAGCCCUUCACCUACUGUUGAUGCAUCCAUCACAGAUUCAUUCUACCUCCCGAUGUCUCCUCUGACCCCCCUAUCGCCCCCCUCUACAACCCCUCUUUCGCCCCAUCCUACAACCCCCCUGUCACCCCCUGCACAGGUCGCCAAACACCUGAAACCACGCCCCGGCAAGUCACUCCCGGCACCGCCAGUAAACUUUCAGCCCGAAGUCCCUAGGAAAUCACUUCCGGCACCACCAGGAAAUUUUCAACCCGAGUCCCCCAGGAAAUCACUCCCAGCACCACCAGUAAAGUUUCAGCCCAACUCCCCUAGAAAAUCACUCCCAGCACCACCAGCAAACUCUCAGCCGGAGCCUCCAAGGAAAUCACUCCCGGGUCCCCCUAACAAAGGCGGGCAACGAACACCACCAUUUCUCACAAGCAUACCCAAAGUGGAGCUGCCCGCACCUGUACCUCCACGAUCGACUAGCCUUGGGCUUACAGAGCCCCCACAAAGUCCCGGCCCACCGGAUCGGCCAAUUCCACCAAUCCCAAUCCCAGUGGAGGACAGUACAAUUCCGCGACGCCAACCACCACCUCCGCCGACCCAAAAUGGAUCAGAGAACAUCACAAUAAAUGGGAAUCACAAGAGGAAGACGAGCCCCCCAUUCAACCCGAACAAACCGCUGCCGACGCUACCAAACCUUGACUCUCCAUCAAACACCCCGCCCCCUUCACAGCGGCGUGUCAGUCCCGUUCCCCCGGAUAAACCUGUACCGCCCUCGCCCAAUCGUAACAGUCCAGCCCUCGGACGACGAACCCCAUCAGGCCCUCCGGACAAACCCCUCCCCCAAUCCCCAAACAGAUUAAGUCCAAGUGUACCUCUCCGGACCCCGCCCCCGAUCCCAAAUUCCGGAGCCAGCGACAGUCAAGACAAGAGGAAAAGAUCGCACAGCCCUCUCCCACCGAAUAUUCCUGUACCGCCCCCUCCACCAAAGGACAAAAAUGAUGGAAGGAAACGAUCUGUAAGUCCCCUUCCGCCAAAUGUCCCCCUACCUCCUCCUCCCGUCAAAUCAGACGGGGUCAAACAGAACAAGAUUGGGUGUGGAGACGCCAACGGGCCAAGCCCAGCAGCAGCAAGAAAGUUUUUCAGCAAUGCACAAGCGAAACGAGGAGGCAUGACAAUCGCAAACAAUAACACUCACUGCAUGGUUGCCAUCAAGGGCUACAUGGCUAAGAGCAAAGGCGAGCUCAGCUUCAGCCGCGGAGAAAUCAUUAAAGACUGCAAAGAAGCUGGACACGGAUUUUUGGAGGGAGAGUUCGGAGAACAGAAGGGAAAGUUCCCCAAGUCAGCAGUGCAGGACCUCUCCCGCCCUUCCUACUCGUGACAGCCCCUCACCGACGAUCUACGAGGUUUCCUAAGAAUGUGGUGACGACGAACUCUACACGUUUAGCGGCCCUCGCAUGGAGUCGUGCCAACUGAAUGAGUCAUUAAUCCUGACGUCUAGCUUCGGUGGAAGUCUGCAACUAGAAUAGUACCCGCACCUACUCUGAUUCGGUAAUGUGCUGAUGAACAACUCUUCAUGUUUAGCGCCCUCGCAUGGUGCCAACUCAACGAGUCAACUUAAUCGUGGCGUCUAGCAACAGUGCAAAACUAUAACAAGAACAGUGCUCUGAUUUGGUAACUAAUUUUUAACUAUUACUUUUUAAGAAUAUAAUUAUGGGUGUGAUAGAUAUAAAAUGCUGUAAAAUUAUUUUGUAUGAUGAAAGUACUACUUCAUUUUUUUUACUACAAAUAUUUGUGAUCAAACAUUAUUUUCCUUUUUUUACGGAUUAUUUUUUUAAACUUUGGGGUGUGAUAGGUGCUUUUUUUAAUCAAAAGUAUUACAGUUAGUUUUUUCCUACUUUCAAACACUUUUGAUCUGCCGUAAAGAUUAACAACAAACCCUCAAUAUUGCUAGAAAUUGCUAAAUUUGGUAACCCCAGCAAUAAAUGUUUAACCUCUAGAAAACAAUAACGCACCAAACUCAUAAGAUUAUAUUAUUUAUGAUAGUUUUAUUAUAAACAUUCCGUAUAUAGUUUCUACAAAUGUGCUAGAGUUUUUGUGCAACUAACAUCUAAAUAGCGAUUAACUUUUAAAAAUGUGUACUUGGGCAAGAACAUAAGUUUUUAAUGCAAUUUCCUUUAUCGUGAACUGUUGACAGGAAUAAUUUUUUU